GGGCUGCCCAUGUGAGCCCCGGCCCAUGCUGCCGUCGUCUGCGCUUGAGCUGGCGCUCAUCCGAUCGAGGCUGUCCGAAGCCUGCCUCUGCCCUCCUUCCCCGCCUCCUUUGACCAUUUGCCACAAUGCUGCUUUGGUGCGCUCUGCGUCCUCGCCUUGCGAGCGACGGUAUGCAUGUCGCCAGGCAGCUGUCCGCAUCGACGCCGCUGGCCCAUCGCCGAUUUGCUUCGUCAGAAACCCGCAAGCCUCUGCGUUGUCUGAUCAUGGGCUGUCCGGGCUCUGGAAAGGGAACCCAAACGAAAUACACCACCCGAACCUUCCCGAUCGUGGCGCUGUCGUCAGGCGAUCUGUUGCGACGACACAUUUUCGAGAACACCAGCAUCGGCCAGAUCGCAGCCAACAUCAUCAAGACAGGCGGUCUUGUCGGCGACGAUGUGAUCAACGAGUUGAUGUUUGAGGAAAUCGACCGCCUCAAGGACCAGAACUGGAUGCUGGACGGGUUUCCAAGAACCAUCAGCCAAGCACAGCUGCUGGAUGCCCAUCUUCAGGCAACGGGACAGCCGCUGGACGUCGUCAUCAACCUGGAUGUCCCGGAAGAAGUGAUUCUGCAACGAGUUAUAGAUCGCUGGGUUCAUGGACCAAGUGGACGAACCUACAAUUUGAGCUACAACCCACCCAAGAGAGAGGGCCUCGAUGAUGUGACGGGCGAGCCCCUUACCAAGCGCCCGGACGACAACAUUGAAACGUUCAAGAUCCGGUUGGAAAAGUACCACGAACUGACCCAGCCCCUGAUCGAGUACUACCAGCGCCAAGGAACGCUCAAGACCUUCUUCGGCCGCACCUCGGACGAGAUCCAGCCCCACGUCGAGAAGCUUCUCCUCGAGAUGGGACUCAGCAAGAAGUUGGCAUGAUGACUUUACAAGUCAUGCUCCCCGACCAACCAAGGACGACACCACCCUGCAUGGUAGCGAGCGAGGUGUGCUAGUGAAUCGCGAUGAAUACAUGCUGUCUCAAGAAGAGCAACCCCAC